CCACCUUGCCCUUGCUGCGGGAUCCUCUGCCCGCGUUCACCCACCUUGCUUGCUGCUGCGCCAGUUCUCAGCUGAGCAUCCACUCUGCCACCCGUCUCAGCAUGCUGCUCUGCUCCGCCUGCCCGACCGGCUGGAGCAACGAGUGCGGCGCCUGCCUCGUCGAGGCGCCAUCGUGUCCGUCGCCGUGGCUGAUGUGGACCGUCGCCGCCUGCGGAGCCGACACGCCCUUCGGCGCCGUCUGCCGCUCCGCCGGCAACACCUCGGUAUGCGGCACGCGGCACGACCUCGACAACUGUGGCCUGCUCGGGCACGACGACGUCUAUUUGCGGCUCGAGUGCGAAGACGCGGGCAAAGCAGCUGUACCGGUGGAAUUUGCAAGCGGCCUCAGUCUCGAGCGGGCCGUUGAGCCAGAGGCGGCGGAGCACCACUUCGAAGUGGACGCCCCCACCGUGUCCGAGCUCGAGGCCGCGGAGCUGGGAAUUGUCGUUGGCAUCCUCGCCGCUGUGGUUCUCCUCACGCUCUGCUUCUGCGUGAUGUGCCUCUGCCGCGGCGGGGGCGGCCAGCGGCAGACCGAUUUGCCGACGACGGCGAAGCUGCAGGCCGAGCCAUCAUACACGGCAAGCCGCGAGUUUCGAAAGGCGGAGGCAAUGGCGCACGUGCAGCAGGCGAGAGUCCGAGCCCGCGAGGCCGCAGCUUGCGAGAGCGGCGACGGCCCCUCGUCGUCGGCGCCGCGGCCACGGGUGGUCUGCCUCGCGGCGCCAGCGGUGGACCCAUGCACAGGCGCCGUCCUCAAGAGCUCCCUGGUCGGCCGCUUCGUCGACGUGACCUUGCGCUCGUCGGGCGGAAGCUCCGGAGAGGGUGCGGCCGGAGGGGCGGCGCCGCGCGACGAGAACCCCGUCGGUGCCGCGCGCGAGUGGCUCUCCGGCAAGAUGAUCAAGGCGCUCCGGCGAGACGCGGAGCACUUUGGCGGCGAGAGCUCGGCGGCGCUCGCGAGCGAGCGCGUCGCUCGGGCGCGCGAUCAGGCCAGGCGCCGCCAGGCAGCCGAGGCGGCGGAGGCGGAGCUCGCGAAGCUCGGGCCGGACGGGGCCGUCUCGAGGGUGUGAGCGGGACGGGGCGGAGGUGCCUGCUGGUUUGCAGGCCCAGAGGCAACUGAACGGCGAGAGCGCUUCAUCUCUACCUUCAGUGACGAGAAAAAACAAGACAAGAGGCGGCACGCGCCCGCACACCGCACAGCCUACCGGGGUUUGGUGUGCGUUGGUUUGUUGAGAUAGGAUUGUGUACGUCUACUAGUACGCUGUAGCGUGUAGGGGAGAGAAGAGCGAAGGGUCCAGAGCUCAGAGCGAAUAAAUAAACAAAAACAGACACAUCU